AUGGCAGCCGGCGGAAGAUGCGGGGAAACAGUGGAUCAGUACCGCGCCGAGGUGGAGCGGCUCACCCGAGAACUCGCCGAAGCAAACCGGGAGAAGAUACGGGCAGCGGAAUGCGGUCUGGUGGUGCUGGAAGAAAAUCAGACUUUAAAGCAGCAAUACGCAGACCUGGAAUCUGAACAGGAGGCGCUGAGACAGGAGCUUGAAAGGCUUCAAGAGGCAUUUGGGCAGGCAUAUUCUAACCAGCGCAAGGUAGCAGAGGAUGGUGAGACCAAUGAGGAGACGCUGCUGCAGGAGUCUGCUUCGAAGGAGGCCUACUACAUGGGCCGCCUGCUGGAGCUCCAGACAGAGCUCAAACUCAGCCGGUCCGUGGCCUCCAACGCCCAGGCUGAGAGUGAGCGCCUUGGCGCCCUGGUGCAGGAGCUCAAAGAGAGUAAUGAAAUUUUGGAGCAACAGAGAAGCAGGAUGAGAGAGGAAAUAAAGGAGUAUAAAUUCAGAGAAGCCAGAACGUUGCAAGACUACACUGAGCUGGAAGAGGAAAACAUCACCCUGCAGAAACUUGUGUCCACUCUCAAACAAAAUCAGGUGGAGUAUGAGGGUCUGAAACAUGAGAUCAAGGUGCUAGAAGAAGAGACAGUGUUGCUGAACAGCCAGUUAGAAGACGCAUUACGUUUGAAGGAAAUCUCAGAAGGCCAGUUGGAGGAGGCUCUGGAUGCACUAAAGAGUGAACGCGAGCAAAAGAACAGUUUGCGUAAAGAGCUGGCCCAUCACCUCAGCCUAAGUGACAGUGUCUAUGGAGCCAGCACUCACCUGACGCUCUCUGCCGUAGAAGGGCUCAAGUUCCCAGAGGAGCCCAGCACCAAUGGCACUGCCACCUCUGGGAGCAGCCCCAUUAAUGAGGACAGUAACCGGUGCAAUGGACAUAUGCACGGGGCAAAGAUGAAUGGAGAGUAUCAUCGACCUCCGGGAAGGAAGGGCGAGGCGCUACAUCCAGUCUCUGACCUAUUCAGCGAGCUCAACCUGUCUGAGAUCCAGAAACUGAAACAGCAACUGCUACAGGUGGAACGUGAGAAGGCGGCCCUGUUAACUAACCUGCAGGAAUCUCAGACACAACUGCAGCAUACACAAGGUGCACUGACUGAGCAGCACAAGCGUGUGCACCGCCUCACUGAGCGUGUUAAUGCCAUGAAGCGCCUCCAUAGCGACAAGGAAUUGGAUGCAGAGGAGACGGAGAAGGGUAAUGACUCCUUGUCUGAGAUGGAAAUAAAUGGGAUUGAGAUCCUAGAAUGUAAGUAUAAGGUGGCUGUGACUGAGGUCAUUGACCUGAAGGCAGAGCUCAAGGCCCUGAAAGAGAAGUACAAUCAGUCUGUGGAGAGUCAGUCAGAGGAGCGUAGCCACAGUGAGGGAAAGCUUCAUGCACUUACUGAACAGGUAACAAGUUUGGAGCGCACCUGCCGUGAGGCCCGUGAAAGAGUCAGCAGUCUGGAGUCCGAGUUGCGGAGUGUGUCUGGCAUGGCCAGCGAGAGUCACAGCAUGCUAAACGCAGCUCAAGAUGAGCUGGUGACAUUCAGUGAGGAGCUGGCCCAACUCUAUCACCACGUUUGCCUGUGCAAUAAUGAGACACCAAACCGCGUCAUGCUGGACUACUACCGGCAGAGCCGUGUCACACGUAGUGGCAGCCUCAAAGGUCCAGAGGAUCCACGCGCCCUUCUGUCACCACGUCUUGCUCGUCGCCUUGCUGCCAUCAACUCAUCUGAGAACUCCAGGAGCCCCCAAGACUCUCCCUCAAAGGAGCCUCUAGGAGAAGCGGUUAAAGGUGAGGCAGGGAGCCAACAAAGUCCAACUCGGACUCCCUCUGGCUCUCCAGUGAUUAGCAGCUCACCAUCCUCUUCCCCAGUACCAGAUACAGGAGGAGACCUUCGUAAGGAGCCCAUGAACAUCUACAACUUAAAUGCCAUCAUCCGUGACCAGAUUAAACACCUCCAGAAGGCUGUGGACCGCUCACUCCAGCUCUCUAGACAGAGGGCUGCAGCACAGGAACUAGCACCCAUCUUGGACAAGGACAAGGAGGCUUGCAUGGAAGAGAUCCUAAAGCUCAAGUCUCUUUUGAGCACAAAGAGAGAACAGAUCGCGACACUACGCCUUGUCCUGAAAGCUAAUAAACAGACUGCCGAGGUUGCUCUGGCUAACCUUAAGAGUAAAUAUGAGAACGAGAAGUCCAUGGUGACAGAGACCAUGAUGAAACUGAGGAACGAGCUGAAAGCUCUUAAGGAGGAUGCUGCCACGUUCUCUUCUCUGAGAGCCAUGUUCGCCACCAGGUGUGAUGAGUAUGUGACUCAGUUGGAUGAGAUGCAAAGGCAGUUGGCUGCUGCUGAGGAUGAAAAGAAGACUCUGAACUCCCUGCUGCGCAUGGCCAUCCAACAGAAGCUAGCACUAACCCAGCGCCUGGAGGACCUUGAGUUUGACCAUGAGCAGUCGCACCGUGGCCGUGGUGGAAAGGUGCCCAAGAUUAAGAGCAGCCCUCCCAAAAUUGUCAGCAGCCUGCUGCCUCAAUGCCGCCACUCUCCCCACAACUAA